AGAAAACAAAGAAGAAAGCAGCAGGAAAAACACACAGGACAACCAAACCCACGUGCCGCACCCACAUUGUGCUUGCACUGCCACCGCUUGACACCCCGCCAUGGCAAGCAACAGCGACGGCGACAGCAAGCACCAGCAAGGUGCAGAGGUGGACGAGGAUGCGGUGCCCGUGACCCCGAGGGUCACCAAGUACCGCACGUCCAUCCAGUGUCACCCCUUUGACAAGUCGUGGCUGCUGCACAUCUUCUCGCUCAUCACCUUUUCUUGGCUCGGGCCCACGAUGCAGCAGGGCAGCAAGCGGCAGCUCGACACAGAGGACAUGUACGCGCUGCCGUCCUUCGACACCGCCGAGCGCUGCGUGUCCAGGCUGGAGAACAUGUGGGACCCGAAGAAGAAGCGCUCCUUCUGGGUCGCCUGCUGCCUCUCCGAGUACGCCGGCCUCAUCUUCGCCGGGUUCAUCUUCGUGUCCGAGUCCACGGUGCAGGUUGUUGGUGCGUACCUGCUUGGCCAGCUCACGCGCGUGCUGGAGAGGGAAGAGGCUGGCGAAGCCAUAUCCGACCGUACCACAUACCUCUACGCCCUCGGCAUCUCCCUCUGCGCACUCAUGAACGGCACCUUCCACCACAUCUGCUUCUUCCUCGCUCAGCGUGCUGGCCACUGUCUUCGCACCGCCACCAUCGCGCUCGUGUACAAGAAGGCCCUCAAGCUCAGCACCAAGGGCGCGCACGAUGUGACAGUCGGACACAUGACCAACCUCGUCAGCAACGACGUCGAACGGUUCUUCCUUGCGCUUCCGUACAUCCACUUUAUCUGGAUUGGCCCCGUCCAGACCAUCGUCGUCGCCGUUCUCCUCUGGGACCUCGUGGGCGCAUAUGCGCUGUGCGGCAUUGGGCUGAUUGUGCUCCUCAUCCCGGUCAACACCAUCACAUCGCGCAUGUACGCGCGUUUCCGCGAGAAGACCGCAAAGCAGACGGACAGGCGCGUCCGCAUCAUGAGCGAGGUGUCAUCGACGGAGCUGCUGCCGAGCAAAGGCAGUGCCGGUGUGCGCGGGCGCGUGAGCUAUGCGUCGCAGGAGCCCUGGAUCCUGGCCACCACCGUGCGUGAGAACAUCCUCUUUGGCGCCGCCGACGACCCGGCCCGCCGCGCAGCCGUCAUUCGCGCGUGUGCGCUAGAACGCGACCUGCAGCUGCUGCCCGGCGGGGAACAGGCGCUCAUUGGGGAGCGCGGUGUCACGCUCUCUGGCGGGCAGAAGGCCCGCGUCUCGCUUGCCCGCGCCGUGUACCGCCAGGCAGACGUGUACUUGCUCGACGACCCGCUCAGCGCCGUCGACGCGAAGGUCGGGCGGGUGCUGUUUGAGGAGUGCAUCUGCGGGUUGCUUGCAGGCAAGACGCGCGUGCUGGCGACGCAUCAGGUGCACCACCUCGCCAAGGCGGACCUCGUCGUCGUCCUCGACGCAAACGGACGCGUCGCCGCGCAAGGCGUUUACUCCGAUCUCUUGGCGCAGAAGUGCGAGGCGCUGAUGAGCGAGCUCGAAGCGGCACAAGAAGACGAUGACAACAACAACGACGAUGACGAUGAUGAAGAUGAGGACGACGAUAAAGAUGAGGAGGAUGCUGCUGAUGGUAAAGGGGAAACGUCCAACGUGCGGUCGCGCGCACAGAGCGAAUCGAAGAGCAGGAGUCGCCAGGUGUCCGAAUCAGGAGGCGAGGGUGCGGACGAGAGCGCCGAGAGCACGGACUCCAACGCCAACGCGCUGUUCAAGCAGGAGGACCGCUUUGCCGGGCAGGUCACGUGGUCGACGUAUACCACGUACUUCAAGCACAUGGGCAGCACGCUUUUUAUCAUCGCGCUGCUGCUGUCUGUCCCUGUUGUACAGGCGCUUUACAUUGGCGUGGAUCUGUUCCUCGCCAACUGGGUUGAUCUUGAAGACAGCGAGCGAAACUCCUCCAGACAAGUCGGCAUCUACUGCGGGCUGCUUGCAGCGCUGGCGACGGGCGCAAUGCUGCGUGCGAUCAUGUUCCAGCUGGGAUUCGUGGAGGCGUCGCGCCGCCUGCACGACAACAUGUUCGCAGCGGUCAUUGCCAGCCCGAUCCGCUUCUUCGACACGAACCCCGUUGGUCGCAUCCUCAAUCGGUUCAGCAAGGACACGGGGUACUUGGAUGACAUUUUGCCGCCAACAUACCUCGAUUUCAUCCAAUUGAUCGGAAUCAUCUUGGGCACCAUCAUCCUGGCAUCGGCCAUCAACCCCUGGGUGCUGCUGGCUGCUGGUCCGAUUCUCGUCAUCUUCGUCCUCAUUCGCGGAUAUUUUCUCCGCACCGCCCGCGAAAUCAAACGCCUGGAGGCAAUCUGCCGCUCCCCAAUCUACUCGCACUUCAGCACGUCGCUCGCUGGUCUUGCGACAAUCCGCAGCCAGGGCGGCGGCGAGAGGGCGGUGCAUCUCCUGCACAACUACCAGAACACACACGCGGCCGCCGUGUACAUGUUCCUCGCCGUCAGCCGCUGGCUCGGGUUCAGGUGCGACAUGGCGUGUGGUUGUGUGUAUGCCAAUGUGUUUGGUGUGUGUAACAUGAGCAUGCGCUAUGCAGAGGAGCUGCCGCCGGCCCUCCGCCACCUCUCCAUGGUCAUCCCGCCUGCAGCAAAGGUUGGCAUUGUUGGGCGGACUGGCGCUGGCAAGAGCAGCAUCCUGGCAGCCCUCUUCCGCCUCAGCAUCGUCGAAGGCACGAUCAACAUUGACGGCGUGGAUGUGACGAAACUGCCGCUCAGCCACGUCCGCCGGAAGAUCAGUGUCAUCCCACAGGAUCCAACGCUGUUCAGCGGGACGGUGCGGUACAACCUGGAUCCCUUUGAGCAGUACAGCGACGCCGACCUCUGGGCAGCGCUUGAGACAGUGCAAUUGAAGGAAAAAGUGCAGCAGAUGGACGGCGGUCUGGAGGGACACGUGCAGGAGCAAGGCUCCAACUUUAGCGUCGGCCAGAAGCAGCUCAUCUGUCUCGCGCGCGCUCUCCUCAAGCGGAACAAGAUUCUUGUGAUUGACGAGGCGACGGCGCACGUGGACGACGCGACCGAUCGCCUGAUCCAACACACUCUGCGCCGCGAAUUCAAGGAUUGCACCGUGCUGACAAUUGCACAUCGCCUGCACACCAUUAUGGAUUCCGACAUGAUUGCCGUCAUGGACGCAGGAAGGUUGGUGGAGUAUGACCAGCCAUAUGCGCUGCUGCAGAGGAGCAACAGCCACUUGUCGCGGCUGGUGGCGAGCGUGGAGGCCGACAGCCACGCCGCCCUGGUCAACGCAGCAAAGCGGCACCACUCCAUCGCCAUUCACGACACCCCCACAGCAACCAGCAUCGUGUAGCGUACAGGCGCGGGCGUGCGAACCAUUCAGGACAGGCUCGUUGGGAUGUCUGUUUGAAGGCUUGGUCUGCCUUCGGCUAGUGCGUGGUUCUGGUUUUGUUCUUACUCUCACACAGCCAGUCGCAACAGUAAAUGUCGCGAAACAACACUGUCGUGGGACUGACGCGGGCUCGUUUGAGGCCUUCAUCAACU